AUGUCUUUAUUAAGCUGUCGAAAUCUGCGACAGCACUACACUUUUUUUGAAACUCAUUUAUAUUUUCGUUCACUUUGUAUUUGUCUGCUUGCAGGGUCUGCUAGAUGCACAAGCCCAACUACUUCAAAAAGAAAAAAACGAAGGUAUCCUACAACUCGUAAGCCCAGACCAACUGGAAGACGGUAUCCUACAACUCGUAAGCCCAGACCAACUGGAAGACCUCAUCCGACUGGCCGUGGAAACAGACCAGAGAAAAAACUUUAUUAUCCCUCAAUUUGGCCGCGCGGACCGUCCGAUUUCAUUCCACAUCCAGGACCGUAUGGUUUCAUUCCAUAUCCUGGUAACUUUUUAAAUUCUUUUUGA